UCUAUCACUCAAAUCAAAUGAUCCAAUUUUGAAUAGGCAAGUUGUGAUCACUUUUUUGGUAUUUUUAUUCCUCAACUAGUAAUAAUAAAUAUAGUAGAAGGCAUGGCAGGUUAAUAGGGUGUGUCGUGAGGUCCUUCGAUCGGUAUAACCGGUUACCGAAUACCCGGUUAACGGUGUACUGAAAUUGUCAAAGUGGCAGCCGUUUACCGAUACUGGUUGCUAUCCAGUUACCGACUAGCCGGUUAACGGUUAGUAGCUGCAUACCCGUUAGCAACCGAUAAAGCAAAGUCUUUCUGCGCACGAGCAGUAGCAUCGACGAAUUGCCGGAACGCCUCCCUAUUGCGAUGGCGAUGGUCGGAUUGAGGGUGGAGAAGGCAUCGCUCACUACGCCUACGUCGUCGUCAUUGCCGUCAUACACGCAACAUCUUUACCGGCGACGUCCUGGGGUGGCUUCAGAUCCAGAAUAGAGUGGGAGAUAGAGGAGUCGCGAGAUAGAGAUUGCAUGGCGCCAGCUGUCGGAUCUGGAAUCGAGAGGGAGUGCGAGCGUCGGAUCUGGAAUGGAGAGGGAGAUUGCAUGCGUCGGAUCUGGAAUGGAGAUGGAGGAGAGCCAGGACGAGGGAGACUGUAUGUCGCCGGAUCUAGAAUCGAGGGGGAGGUAGAGUCACCGCGUGAUGAAGAUUGGAUGGCGCCGGCUUCGGAAUCGAAAAUUGCUUUCUGGGUCCUCCAUAACGCCGACGACGACUGAGGAGAAGAGAACGGCCAUGGCUGGACGACUCAAAUCUCAUCGUGUGAUUUUUAUUUCUGGAAUUCAGAGGGAAUCGAGAGAAAUGGAUCGAGAUGAAGGGGUUUUGUUUCUGGAAUUCAGAGGGAAUUGGCCAAUUGAGAGGGAGUUAGUAACGGGGUGAGAGAGAGAGGAUUGGGCAAAGUGGGGAGGGUAAUCGGUAUACUCGGUAUUACCGAAUAUCGUCGGGUUUUAACCGGGCAUGGGUCGGUAUACCGACAACUGGAUUUUGUCCACCGUAUAUCGAUACCGUCGGUUAACGGUUAACCGGUAACUGCCAGUUAUCAGUUCGGUAACCGGUUAAACCGUUAACCGGAUACCCGAUUACCAGCCCUAUAUAUGAGCUAAGAUCGACUAGAUUAUGGACUUCUAAACUUGAAUAAUCGUACAAAACUCUAUGUAUCUAAAGGUUUUUGUUAACCUUUGGCCAAGUGAGGGUCUUAUGACCCCUCUCCUUGACACUUCCCUCCGCCGCUGCGUGACAUGUAUCCCAACCAACUUGAUUCAUUGUUGCAUAUGAUUAAAUAUUGUACAUGAGUGUGAUGGUCCUCGUUCUUCCAAAUCAUGAAAUUAAAUGUUUGAUGGAAUCAUGGUCAUUACACUCGUCUUUAUCACAAAAAGGAAGGUUCUCCUGAUGUUUCAUUGAAGAUUGGAUAUCCUCAACUCUUGGUCGAGAAUAGUAAUUCAUGAUUCUUACUUGUGGUGGUGACUCUUGACCACCAAAAAUGCCUAUAACAUUCACACAUGUCAUAGCUACACAUAUUUAGCAAACAACCGUAAAAUGCAAAAGAGGAUAAAACGCAAACCAACAAUAAAAACAAAAAGUGCAAGAAAGUAAAUGUUUAAGAUAGCAACCACCUAUUUUCACAAUGAUCCAAUUGGUGCCUGCCAGCGGCGCUAAAAAUUUUAUUUGCUAACCAAGUGAUAAAAUUCGACUGUCAACUUUUCUAACUACCCCAACCUAGGACAACUGCACUCUUAGGUAGGCGAAGUAGUAUAGAGGCGACCCUAGAGGUAGAUAGGUUGGCGAAGUAGUAUCGAAUCUAUCACUACUUCAAAACUUCACUACUAUCUAAUCGACCGAUACGUUGGUAGAAUGUGUUACACAUAGGAACUAAGUACUAACGCAAUAGAGAUGAGGUAGAAUGUGUUACACAUAGGAACUAAGUACUAACGCAAUAGAGAUGAGGUACUUGGCAUAGCCGCAUAGGUAUCCCUCUAACACUAAAUGCAAUUGAGUGAAAGGAGCCUUCAUUUACUUCACUAAUCAUUUUAUGAUGCAAGAAUCUUCUAGUUUAGUGCCUAAGUCAAUAAUCAUGCAUUUUAGAUACACAUCUAGAUCUAGGUCACUUUUUGGCUUAGUAAUCAUGAAACCAACAAAUCGCUAGAGCUCGAGACUUAAAUACUAAAUAGACAACCUCAUG